CAGAUCGGCCCGCAGCCGCCGCCACCCAGCUCCGCCUUCUGCUCCCGGAGGGAAGCUGAGUAUGAAUGAAACUGCCUCCGUGGCGGCCGGGAAACGAGCGAGCUGGGGAAGGUGAAGCGGCGAGCGGUUUUGCUGUGAACGCAAUGCAGAGGCGCGCCGCUAGCAGAGCCUGGCCGUGGCCCUCUGCCUCUGCUGCCAGCCCUUGCCUGGAGGAGGUUGUGGUCUGACGUAAGAACAGAGACUCUUGGCCUGAUUUUCGUGUGUGUGUGUGUCUCUAGUUAUCCAUGGAGGGGAGCAAGUCAGCCCAAACCCCAGCCUUUGAUCCCAUCACAGCAGAUUCUGGAGCUGACAGGCACAGACUCGCCAAUGUUGUUUUUUUCUUUUUGCACUUUGGUGUAACAAACAAAACCGAACCUUGUAAAUCCAGUUUUUGAGCAUCAUCUCGGGUUUUUUAUGCUCCAGUUUUUCACCAACAUUGAAGCAAAACAGCAAAUGACAAACGUUUGAUUUGGUUGCUGUUAUUCUCUAUCUAGGCUGCACUGCCCACCAAUAGAUACACAACUUUCUCUGUCAUAGUUGACCUCCAGGAUUAUGAUUGCCUGGGGCUGCACUGCUAGGAUUUACCUUUUCAGGUUAAGGCCCUUCAAUGUAAGGAAAAACCUGGCUUGGAUAAGAUGGUGUAAGAAAUCUGGCAAUUCCCCAUCUAGUGAUAAACACAGCUUGAUCAAAAUGCAAGCCUUGGCUCAGACCACCUUAGUGUGCUGGGGGAUCACGAAGGUGUCUGUUGUGAGAUGCCAGGAAGUAUCAAACCAAUGUUCAUCCUUAUUCCCUGAACCGGCCAAAGACAAACAACCUUCAGCUGGAUUUUUCUGGCAUCUUGGCUUUGCCCUUCGCCUGGGACUCCGGGCUUGUGUUCUCUUGUUGAAGUUUGGCCCUUUGCUUCUGCUUUAUCCUGUGACCUACCUGUCUUCAGGUUUUGCAGCCCUGUGGCUCCAUCUUCUGCUGAAGGCCACAGAGUCCUCGGGUCCCACUUAUAUCAAGCUGGGCCAGUGGGCAUGCACCAGGAGAGAUCUCUUCUCUGAAGAGUUCUGCAUCAAGUUUUCUAAGCUUCAUGUCAAAGUGACACCUCAUCCCUGGGGUUACACCAAACACUUCCUCAGGAGAGCAUUUGGGGAAGACUGGAAGAGAGUCCUCAAGUUUAAAAGCAAGGAACCCAUUGGCUCGGGUUGUGUUGCCCAGGUGUAUAAAGCUUAUGCUGAUGCCACUACCAUUGAUGACCCCCAGUUUGAGGAACUAGUGAAGAACUCUGAAACAGAAUCUGCUUUUGAAGCCUGGGAGGUGUCUGGUCUUAGGGGCUUCUUCAGGUGGCCCUGGAAAGGGAAGGCUGGAGAGAGUUUGGCAGACAGUAGUGCAGACCAUUCACUUAAGGAAGAAGAUUUCGAUGAAGGUAUUAAUAGAAACGCUACCUCUGAGGAGCGAAUGUCUGGAUCUCAGCUAACUGCAAACACAUCAUCUAUUGGCAGUUUAGAUGCGAUGGACCAUCUUAUUCCAGUAGCCAUUAAAGUCCUGCAUCCUGGACUAGUCCACCAGGUCCAGAUAGAUCUGCUUCUGAUGAAGAUGGGCAGCAAGAUCAUUGGGCUUUUCCCAGGGCUCCAGUGGCUCAGUCUGACUGAAAUAGUGGAGGAAUUUGAGAAGCUCAUGACUCAACAGCUUGACCUACGCUACGAAGCCAGAAACCUGGAGCGCUUCCAGAAAAAUUUCCUGGAUGUGGAUUUUGUGAAAUUCCCAACUCCACUUCGCCCCUUUGUAACGAGAAACAUCCUGGUGGAAACGUUUGAGGAGAGUCAGCCCAUAUCCCAGUAUCUGCACGUGGACAUUUCCUCAGAGCUCAGGAAGAGACUAGCCAAGAUGGGCAUAGACAUGCUCCUAAAGAUGGUGUUUGUUGAUAAUUUUGUCCAUGCUGACCUGCACCCUGGGAACAUCUUGGUCCAGGGCACCGCCCAUUUCAGCAUUGGCUGCAAGGAUCAAACCUCCAUUGUGGACAUGUGUGACACGCUGAUCGUGGAAGUGCGGCCGUCCCCCUGCCCGCUCCGUCUGAUGCUGCUGGAUGCAGGGAUUGUGGCAGAGCUGCAGGGAGCUGACCUUCAGAACUUCAAGUCAGUCUUCACGGCUGUGGUACAGGGACAGGGGGAGAGAGUGGCAGAACUGAUCCUUCAUCACGCCAGGGCUAACCAGUGCAAGGACAUAGAGAGAUUCAAAGUUGAAAUGGCAGAGCUAGUGACCAAGGCCAGGAUGAACACUGUAGCACUGGGAAAGCUUCAAGUGGCGAAUCUGCUCUCCAGUGUCUUUAAGUUACUGAUGACCCACAAGGUGAAGCUGGAGAGUAACUUUGCCUCCGUUGUCUUUGCCAUCAUGGUUUUGGAAGGGCUUGCCCGUUCGUUGGACCCCGAACUGGACAUCUUGGAGGCAGCUAAACCACUUCUCAUCAGAACCGCCGCUUCUCUCCUAGAGUAGCAGCAGCCACUGACGUUUGUCUUGCAUUGCUGGGCUAUUUGGCAAGGACUGUCUGUGCUCCUUGGCAGCCGAUGGGGAAACAGCCUGAAGCUGGGGACAGGCCCUCACCUCUCAUCUCUGAGGAGAAGCAGUGGGCUAUUCCCCAUUAAACUGGGUAUCAGCCACCACCACCCAGGCAGCAUCUAGGUGCCAAAGGCCUUUCCAGCAGGCUUCAUGGUCCCCCAUCCUGCCUAUGAGAGAGAGCUGUUCUGUGACAAUAAAGCCCUUUAAUUUGUAUCCAAGUUUGAGUAACAAGUAUUGACGCUGAGCUUGGUGAGACUUGUUAGGAAUCAGGCCUCCUUAUUGAUUAGUCCCACUUUGCUGAAAGGCACUCAAACUGCAAUGAGAAGAGGUCAUAUAAGUGGAUAGACAGAAAAGCCAUGGAAAUGCAAUUGCAAACAUCAGAGACAUUUUGCAGCUCGAAAUGGUGGGUGGGUUUUGACUCCCUUAGCGAGAACUUUGCUUUCAGCCUUGUGGGCCUUUUAGAAUUUUACACGUUCAUACAAUCUGGUGGUUUGUUAGUUGGGUUUGACAGGACGUUGGGUUUUCCUUCAGCCUGACUGAAGUGACACUGUCGAGUCAGCUAGGUUCCCAAGAUUGCUAUAAUCUAAUGGGGAUAAGUCGUCUAGGUUAGAAACAUCUUUGGAAAAUGUUUAGAUCUUACCACUGUGGUCAGGAGUUUUAAUUAAAAAAAAAAAUCUCUUUUGUGGAACAAAACCAUGUGUGAUCUCCCCCUGUAGGCUAGCUCCUAAAAGCUAUUGUUGGAAUGGGCUUUAAAAAACAGAUCGGUUUCAGUGUCAUUUCAGUCCCAGGGGAGGGGAUCAGUCAUUGUCAAAUGGGGGCGGGGAGGGUAUUAUUUUCAGGCUUUGAAGAAAUAGAAACUAUAAAUAUUUUUUAAAUAGUUGCUAAGCAUCUCUUACUCUGGAGAGCUGGUGAUCUCCAGGUGUUCUAUUGCUGGAAGAAGAUUGCAUCCUAUUUAGUGUAGGUCUGACCCUGUGUACAAGCUCAGCAUGGUUUUCCUCAAGCACCAGCAAAUUAAAGAUGGAUCUUAGUGUGCAAGGAGCAGAAAUGCUUGCUGAAGGCUGCGGAGCAGGGGCUCAAGCUUGCCCUUAACUUUGGUGGAUGCAGGGUCAGACCCUGUGCUGAAUAGCAGUGAGAUGAGACUGCAGAGAAGACUCUGCUGUUCUGACUUUUGGAACAGGCAAUGGAGACCUGGUCUGACCUUCCUAUAUCGACAGCAUUCAUGUCUUUAAACGCUACCCUUCCUAACGCCAUUUGAAUGUUACCCAUUAGCCUUUCCACAGAGUAAAUGUUACAAAAUGGAUUUUGUUUUGUUACUAUUUUCUUGAAAGAGUAAGCACUCUGGUGAAGGAUGUAAUUUAAAAUGCACCAUUUAUCAAUCUCCUCUUGGCUGACACAUUUUUGAGUAGUUGAUAUUGUAAGUACCUUUACAUGAAACAUGAUUUUACAAAGAUUCUGUUGGCUUAUGAACAUCUGAGUAAAAUAACUAAUGAAUAUCCACCUGUGAGAAGCUGUGGAUUUUUAUAAGAUAUAACAUGCUGAACUGCAACUGAAGACAAGAUCAGAUGGCUCAUUAUACAUAGUUUCAGAGGCCUGUGAAUCCAUUUUUAUAUUGAAAUGUUUGGGGAAUUUUUUUGUCCCAUUCUCUGUAGAUCAAAGUUGUUAAAGUAACUGACUAUACUAACUACGUCAUCAUUGUAUUAGGAGUGAGUAAUCUGAUUAUUUUGAAGGAACAACAAUAUUCACUACAUUGUUACUUUUCUGAGCCAUCCGGCAUGAGUGGUGAUGCCUUGGUUCCCAGUGUGACCACAGAGGCCUGGUGCCACCUACACAAGUGAGUCAAAAGUUCUGGCUAUUAAAAUAAACUGAAAAAUCAAACAAACAUACUUUUCACUGUAUUAUUUGUUAUCAGUAUCAUUUCUGUUUGUACCGCUGUAGUGCCCUGAGAUCCCAGUGAGGAGCAGGGUUCCCCUGUGUUCUUAAUGAUUUUGAACAAAAUUGACUAGUCAGUUUUUUCACUUUCAGGGUCUAUGUGCUACCCCCCUGCUGUAGAAGUUUGAGUUAUAAACAAUAAAGGAGAUUAUUUGUUUUAAAGAAAAAGUUGGUUCCA